AAUUUCAUCAUAAAUGUAGUAUAGGAGAGACAUGAAUAGAGCUUCUUCACGUUUCACAGAUUGAGACUAGAAACAAACAGCUGCAGUUGAGAUUUCUAGUCAAAACAAUCUCAAGAUGUUGCACUUACCAAAUCCAGUAAAUAAAUAACCCAAACAUAUAAAUUACCCCUCCUUCCAUUUCCUAGGAUUUUUGUACCUCUUGGAGAAAAAGAAAUGAUGAUGGAUGCCUCAAGCAUGACUGUGGAAAAGGCCGUGCAAGAGGUGAUGAGAAUGCACAAGUCUUUGCCGGCCCGGCCCGGGAUUGAGGAGGUCGAAGCGGCCCGCAGCUUGAUCCAGAGCUUGGAGAGGGAAGAUGAGAUGAAACUGGAGAGAAUUUUUCAGCCAAACAUGGCAAAACAAAUCCCAGAAGAGUUGGUGAGCAUUCUGCAGGAAAUGCAGAGGACUCUGAUUCAUUUGCAGAGCAGUGAGCAGAAGAAGGAGGCUCAGAAGCUGCUGGAUCUGGAGAGCACCCACUCACUGUUUGAUGAAUUGAUUCAGAGAGCUUCUGUGUGCCUCAAGUCCAAUGCAUCAUCUUCUUCCAAGCCGAAGACGACGACGAUAACCAAUGAGAAGCCACUGAGAAAAUCUUAUGAGGAGCCUAUGAAGGCCAAGGAUGACUAUUACUUGAACAAGCCCUUCAAGGCGUCCGCUCUUCGUUUGGACCGUGUUGGUGCCAAGCCUCGAUCAAGGGAUGUUACGACGUCUCCACUGGUUGUAGAUUCCACUCCUGGACCAGAGGCUUCUGUUCAUGGUGAGAAAAUGGAUCUAAUAAAAGUGGCUAGCUGCAUCGAGGUGUCUGCGAAGAAAGGAGACCGGGAGUUGAUUCUACAAGGCAAGCUCUCGGAUCAAGUUGAAUGGAUACCUGAUUCAUUAGGGAAGCUCUCGGCUCUGAUGAAGCUGGACUUAUCCGAGAACGCCAUCAUGAUGGUGCCCGGUGCCAUAGGCGGCCUCUCGUCCCUCAAAACUCUCGACUUGCACGGAAACAGACUCCAAGAAUUGCCAGAGUCAAUAGGGGAUUUGCUCCGCUUGCUCCAUCUCGAUCUCAGAGGGAAUCAGUUGACGGCACUGCCUGCAUCCAUCGACAGGCUAGCUCGUCUCCAGGAGCUCGACUUGAGCUCCAACGGGAUCACAUCCCUCCCGGAAACAAUAGGCUCCCUCUCCAGCCUCCAGAAGCUCAACGUUGAAACAAAUGAUUUAGAAGAAAUCCCUCAUGCCAUAGGCAGAUGCACUUGUUUGAAGGAGCUCCGGGCCGACUACAACCACCUCAAGGCGCUCCCGGAGGCAGUGGGGAGGAUCGAGUCGCUGGAGAUCCUAACGCUGCGCUACAACAACAUCAGGCAGCUGCCCACCACCAUGGCCUCCCUGCUGAGGCUGAGGCAGCUGGAUGUGAGCUUCAACGAGCUGGAGGCCAUCCCGGAGAGCCUGUGCUUUGCCACGACGCUCGUGAAGAUGGAUGUGAGCAACAACUUUGCGGAUCUGCAGGCGCUGCCGAGGUCCAUAGGCAACCUGGAGAUGCUGGAGGAGUUGAUGAGUAACAACAACCAGAUCAGGGCGCUGCCCGACUCCUUCGGGAUGCUGACUAGGCUGCGCGUGCUGAACGUCGAUGGGAACCCCCUCGUGGUGCCACCGAGAGAUGUGGUGGAGAAAGGAGCUCAGGCUGUUGUUGGUUACAUGGCUGAAGUAGCAGGGAAGAGGGAGGUGAAGCCACAGGCAAACAAACAGAAGAAAUCAUGGGCUCACAAUUGGUUGUUUUCAAUAUCUAACAAACGCAAACGCAAAUGCAAUCUUGUGGAGUAUGCAAAAGCCUAAUUUGCUAAUGUUUUUGCUUUUUUCAAGCAGAUUACUUAUCCUGUUUUUGAAAUUUAGAUUAUUUGAUUCCUACUUGCAUUGUGUUUUACCCUUUGCUCACAUGCAUCUUUCUGCAUAAUUCUGAUUUCUUGCUA